UUGAAUGGGCGUUAGUCUAGAAGAUAUGUGGGAAAAGUGGGUGAAUGGAAAAUAGGAAAUAGAGGUCCAUCUUCAAAGUCGCUUGUUUUGAUUGUCAUAAAUUGUAAACAAAACAGAAUUAACAGAUCCCUCUUCUUGGGUUCUACUUCUAGAGCUGGAGACUAAGCAAAUAAAAAAAGGAAUGGGUCAGUCAAAUGAUUGAAUCAAACAACCCAUCAAUUUAGAAUCAAUUUAUAUAUAUAUUUUUUCAAUUAUACAAGGCAACUAAUCCACCAAAUUAGAAACCCCAUAGUAGUCGCCACAUCUCUAAUUAUAACUUAGUAAUUCAGAUCUACAUCCAUGGUAGAAAUAACCAAUAAUCAAAACGAAACACUGAACCAUAUGAAUAUGGCAGAUAAUGAACCAAAACAGGAUGAAUAUCAUCACAAGAUUAUAAGCACCAAACUAAGCAGGAAAAAGACGAGCCGCUCAUUCAAACUGCGCAGUGAGACCUUAGAUUCCUUAAGGCUAAGAAGGGUGUUCGACCUUUUUGACAAGAAUGGAGACGGUGUGAUCAGCUUGGACGAAAUCAAACAGGCACUUGUGCUGCUGGGUUUGGACGAUGAUGCUGAUUCUGAUGCUCGUGCUGAUGCUGAUGAUCAUGAGUUGAAAGCUAUAGUAAGUGACUUCAUUAGGCCUGGGAACAAAGGAUUAGCCUUUGAGGACUUUCAGGCCUUACAUAACUCAUUGAACACCAAUCUGAUCUUGAGAGAUCUGCAUCCAAAUGAAGUAUAUGAUGAGGAAGAUCAGGUUGAAUCUGAUCUGACUGAAGCUUUUAAGGUAUUUGACUCGGAUGGGGAUGGGUUUAUUUCAGCUAGUGAGCUUCAGCAAGUUUUAUCAAAGCUUGGCUUCCCGGAGGCUCAACAAGAGCUUCAACAUAUCCAACUUAUGAUCUCUUCUUUUGAUCAUAACCAUGAUGGUCUUGUUGAUUUUGUUGAGUUCAAGGUCAUGAUGUCUCGUUCCCUUCUUCUUCCUUCUAAUUAAUUAAGUCUGUUUCUUCCAAUUUGUUUUGCUUAGCUUAAUACUCUCAUGGAGUAUCGGGUCUUGUAUGAGUUGGUGUUAGUAUCACUUCUUCAGAUCAAGAUCCUGAAUUCGAUUCUCAUCUAGUUGUAAUCCACUAUUCUCAAUCUAGCUAUCUUGUAUUAAAAAGAAUAGUUUUUAUGUUAUAUUCUAUUGUAGUUUAAUGCAGAUGGAAAAUUCAUUGAAUUCACA